UUUCAGAUUUUGGUUCAACAAAGUUAGUUUCUUGCUGCUACAUGAUGUAUACAGUAUACCUCAACUUGUGCAGCUGAAUGUAUGUAGCAACAACGCACAAAUAUACUGUCUCAGCUUUGUUGUCGGUUGUUAUUAGUGUCAAAGAAAUAGGCAGUGGGCCACACAAGAGGAAUUAUGGAUAAGAAUCGUCGGCCCAAAGCUCAAGACACUGAGGAUGAUCUCCUACGUUUCCAGAAAGAUUUCCUGGCUUCUGGAUUGGACACGUCUGCGACGGUCGUGAACCGAAGGGUACCGCCUCGCGAUGUAAUUCGUCUGCCAGAUGCUGGGAAUGCUGGACUUGGCACUGUGGACUCCAGUGGUCUUUCUCCGAAGCCAAAGAAGCCCAAGGUCGAGAAAGAUCCACAUGCAGCGCUUGAUGAUUAUGAGCGGACGCAUCAUGUCGGGUCUGUGCUGGCCAAUAUCACGGAGCGCGACACCAGCCACUGCGUGGCGAGAAUGCCCAGCACAUCUUCCAGUGUUGGAUUUCCUCAAGCUCUCUCCAUUCAUCACUCAUCGCGUGCAACUGGUGUAGCUCCAGGCAAGACUGGGAAGAAGAAGAAGAGUUUGUUUGCUCAGCAGUAUGAUCGUCAGAAUGGCGGCCCGGCAGAGACAAGUGCCACUGUGCAAACGCAGGCUAGUCCAAGCCACAGUGUGCUUGUGUCAGGGUCUGGUUUGCCUGUUGCUGCGAGCGCUUCUCGAGAAGAGGAAGCGCAGCGUAUCCACGAGGAGAAUGCAGCAAAGCUAACCACCAUGUCUCAAGAAGAGAUACUCGAGGAGCAGAGGAGAUUGACUGCAGCAUUAGGACCUGACAUUGUGGAGUUCAUUCGAAAGCAGCGCCAUCAAGACAGUGCCAAGUCACCUGGAUCCAAGACGAUGGAUCAAAGUCAAGCAGAAGGUGCGGUGCCUUGUGACAGUGGGCCUGGCUUGGGUCAGAGCAAGCAGGUCCGCUUCACUGAUAAAGUAGAAGUCCAUGAUGAUCACAAGUCUUCUGGCAUGUCGAUAAUCCCUGGUAUUGACAUGAGCAGCGCAGAGGCUAGUGCUGACUGGGAACACAUGGACAAAGUGGAAGAGGAGAAAAUGGAGUGGAUGGCACAGCUUCCCGACGACCAUGAGAAACGUGUGGAACUGCAGAAGGCAUGUCCAGCACGCUUCAGUUUUGACGGCGCUCUGAUCUCACCGGAGGAGAGCAGCAGCAUUCCAUCCCACCUAGGCCUGCAUCACCACGGAGAUCAACCGGAAGCUGCCGGUUAUACCCUGUCAGAGCUGUUUGUCUUAGCUCGCAGUCGUAUGCCUCAACAACAAAGCAUGGCGUUGGAAACACUAGGCUCCAUAGUGCGCACGGGCCUUCGUGGUGGAUAUGCUCAUCACUUGGACACAGAUGUGGUCUCUAAGCUGCUGGAGGCCGGUUUGCCGUUGAUUUUACGCUGGGCUCUUGAUGACUCUCGUGUUGCUAUCUAUUCCGUGGCACUGACUGCCAUUCACACUUUGCUGGUCAAUGAGUAUGAUCAGGUGAUGAGUGAUAACGUUCUGGCGGCUUUUCCUAGUUUAGGAGUGGAGUCACUUGCUGUUCCCGAAGACAGCACUGAGAGCACAGAAGAGGAGGAAGAGGAAAAAGAGGAGCCAACUGAUGAGGAGGUGAUCGUUAGAGACUUGGUGAAGGGCCUGCUCAAGACCAACCUCCUACCUCGCCUGCGUUACUUGCUAGAAGUCUGUGCGCUGCCCGCAACCGCCAUCUCCGCCGUGUUUGGCAUUCUUUUGCGGAUUGCGGAGCAUUCUCUGCAAUCUGCGUCUGAGCUAGCCAAAUGUCCCCGACUGCUGGAUACAGUGAUGCAGCUAUUUGUUCCUGUCUCUUGGUCCCAGCAAGUGUCGGAUACGGUGGCAUAUGGCCAGCCGCUGGCAAGUGCUGUGCAGCUUGUCAACACGCUAUGUCGCAGUGGACGCUACCUAGCUGCUCAACUUGUGAACAAGUAUGACUUGAUGAGUCGCAUUGGUCGCUUCCUUUCAGUCCCCGCCAGCGAGCUUGGCUUUCCGGGAGAUGACGGACUGGCAUUGCAAGCUGCUGUAUGGAGUUUGUGGCAGACACUCACCACCUAUGGUCAGAACUGUGACUUUUUCACAUCAAUGCAGGAGAGUGUUCUGGAUCACUUGCACCGAUCAUUGAGUGGCAGCGGCGGUGGCGAUGGCGGCGGCGUUACUGCCACUUCAGCUAGUUGCUCUGCACCCAGCGGCGGCGCCGGUGGUGGUGUGCGAUCUGUAGCCCAAGAGUCCAACUCACUGGGCGGUUGCCGGACGGAAGAUGGACGUGCAGACGUCGCUCUUCACCACCCCAUUGCUGGUGGUGCUGGUGGUGGUGGUGCCCCUGCACUCCAUGCAUGCACGUGUCGCAUGCUCGGCCUUCUCGAGUCUGCUAUUCAUGUUGCGGCGUGUCAAGAUUCGGAGCUUGAAGUCUGGCGGACUGAAGAGAAGCUAUUGAAAGAAAGUUCUCCUAACAUUGGUCCUCAACUGCUGGCCAAGCAGUCUGAACAGUCUGCACGGCGAGAAGUCUGGACAAAGCUAUCUACCCAUCAAGUGUUCGCCUGGUACUCGCAGAUUGAUGUAUCCCUUACAUCCUUCUUAGCAUCUCUUGCUAAUGAUCCAACAGGGAAUGUACCUGGUACAAAGCUGAUGUCAUCGAUAUUGUCGUUUCAGGCAGCGUUCUUGAGAAGACUGGGCAGUGUGAUGAUGUCACCAGUUGAUCUAGUUGACAAGGCAGAGAAUCUAUUUUCCCAACUUAGCGCUGCGAUGACCACUCCAUAUUUCACACGUGUAUUCCAGGAGGCAACGUCACUAGUUGCAUUUCUUCGACAAUCGUCUUCCUCGCCAUCCAUUCCGGGUCUUCCGAAUCGGAACUGCACAGCAGAAUCGGGCGGUUCCUCUCCGACUUGUGUGUCCAGCUUGAUGUUUGUGGCAGCGUUGCUUGAGCUGGUGUUCAGUCUUCGUCAGGUCCACAAGGGUUUGCUGGACAGGGUGGGUGCCAAUAUCUUGCAAUGUCCUAUCACACUGGAGCUGGUUUCCGCCAUGUUAGCACACCCUCUGCAGGUACAUCACCCUCUUUCGGGUGUUGAGCGCCUAGUCGGUUCUCUGCUUGUCAAGCUAUCAGCUGCCGUGUUGGCUAAUAAGACUGAAUGUCCACCUCCAUUGCUCGUCUAUCAUCGGCUGUCACUGCAACUAGUGUGUCGAGUGCGGCCUGGUGAAGAGAACCUGAUCAAGGAGCUGUUUUCUUUGGCUGUCUUCCACCCUCUCUUCUACAAAUGUGUCAGUGAGGAUGUCACCAAUGCCCUGGCCAGACUGUCACUGAGCAAGCGUUCGGUCGCUGGCUUAGUUCAUGGUGGGAUAUUGGACUUGCCGAUCUCCAGCUUGUCAGCGAUUCGUGCUACAUUUUUAGCACAUCUGGGCGAUCAGAGCAGCCAGCAUGCAGUAUGGUAUUCAAGGGUGCGUCGUUAUCCGCAGCCAUGCUUGCUGCCGUCCGUAUUGAUUUCAUCCCAGCGGUCUGCUUUGCUGCCUGUCGACUGGAUGUUCAUGCCAGUACUGGAUGCUUUCUCUCAGUCCACUACCCUUAGUGGUCAACUCCAUAGCGAGUCGGACACCGUGCCAGAGCGUGUGUGCCGCGCUGUUGGGCAUUGCCUGCAGCUGCUGCUGCUGUUGGAGACGUGCCAGCCCCACUGCAUUGCUCCAAUGCCUGUCAGUGUCAAGGUUGCCAGGCUCUUCUGUGUCUUCCUUGUGGGUGCUAACUUGUUCCUGCAGUCUGACAUACAGCAGAGCCUGGUGGCCCUGUUGCAGCUGUACACCAAGCCAGACUGUCUAGAGCGGUUGAAUUUCAACCAGCCCAUCCCUGGCCUUGCCUCCUUCUAUGACCUCUACUCCUCACUUGUGACCCAGUACGAUGCUGUAUCGUAUGGCAACGACCUGUUUGCAUCGUACCUCGUCCUGCCCAUUCAGCAGGCAUGUCCUGUUUCACUACGCCGCUUGCUGUGGCAGGAUAACGCAACUGUGCUGCAGACUAUCAGCCUCACUGUCGCACAGUCUCCUGUUCCUCUAGAUCGGUUUCUUGAACCCAGCGAGCAGGAUACCAUGCUGCUACAGCUCUAUCUACAAGCACUGGCCCAUGCCAUUGUCAGGCAAGCUACUCUGUGUGUGUGUGUAUGUGUGUGUGUGUCUGUGUGUGUGUGUGUGUGUGUGUGUGUGUGUGCGUGCACGCGCUUGCGUGUGUGUGUGUGUGUAGUCUUUGUCCAAGGAAGUUAAGACGCUUUCUUCGUCCCGUAUUCCCAAUCGGACUCAUGCACUUUCCUCGAAACUGGGCAGGUAACACCUCAUAGCAUGAAAAGAAAAUCAGCCAGUACGGGAGAUGUGGAUAUGUCGGGACACCGGCCAUGCUGGUCGUACGGAACGAGAAAACGCUGCUACCAGUUUUGUAGAACCAUUGCUACCAAUGUAAAACAGGUGGGGUCGAAUCUGACAAAGUUGACCUUGACCACCGCUGCCACCAAUUUUGUAGCGGGCCGCAGUCUCUCGGGGGUAAGAAUAUGCAAGGGUCUCAGUGAACACACUGUAACUGGCAAUUGAAAUGUAACUAUAACUGACAAUGAAAUUAACUGGCUACUUAAUUAACUGACUGGCAACAAAAUAAUCGUGAGCAGCAGCUUUAAUGCACAGGCAAACUCCGUACACUAGUGUACGGGGAUACGCUAACAUACGGGGAUAUAGUAACGUACGGGAAUAUGCUGACAUACGGGGAUACAAUAACGUACGGAAAUAUGCUAUACGCUAUACGCUGUGACGUCACCAGCGUGCCAACGCUACACACCCUACUAUGGGGAUUUGUUUGGGAAAAAUUCGUUCUGAUAGAAACACGAACCUGAAACUCCCAGAACCUGUAGUCUUCUGGACGCUGAAUCGAAUGGUCUUGGUCCGAUGAAGCUGCGAGACAGCGUUCAGCCUUUAUUCCCAAACUUAAAUACUGUAUGGGAUUUGCUCUUUCGUGUCCCGUUCAGUAGAAGAAAUGUUGUAUCUAGACUCACCUAGACCACACCCAAUGCUGUAGACAGCAAGCUGUUUCGGCCAUAAAGGCCUCAUCGGUACAACCAGGAGCUAAAAAGUAAGGCGAGUUGGCAGCCAUGGUGCAAAGGUGGCACCUAGAGUACAUAAACCAGUGUACUCUUGUAGUAGUUGAGCACUCUCAUGUGGGGUAGUGCCUUUGCUGCUUGCAUUACGCAGAGCUCACUGACUUGUCAGUUUGAGCACUCUGGCAAGGUACGUUCGGGCCUGAUUGGAAAUUUUUAUUUUCAUUGCUAUCAGGUUCGGCCUCAUUUCCUCUGUGCUGCGCUGAUGAGUUCACAAAGAACGAAACAGCAUGCUGUCCGCAGAUUGAGUAAACCAGAGUACAUGUACAUAAACCAGAGUUGCAACUCCGCAUCUACGAGGUUGAUCCGCAUCCCGUAUGCUGCAUAAAACCACUCCCACGGUGAAGUUUUGGUUUAGGUCAUUAUGAAUGACACUGAGAAAAAGGACACAACUCAGGCUCUUCAACAUCAUCUUGAAGUUUUGAAGUAGUGAAAAACUUUGAACAUGAUGUUGGAGAGCCUGAAGUGUGUCCCUUUUCUCAGUGUCAUUGCAUUCUUGUCUUCGAGGAGACUCUCAUUAUGAAUCAUAGGAUAACCCGUCAAGGGCUGUCGUACUGUGGGUUGCGUGCCCAACUCACCGUAUCGCUAAGGUGAUUCCAGGAAAUGCAAGUGCAUUCUCACCAUUUGUACAACAUGCAGCAAUGCGCAAUAGAAAUUACCUACACGAUGUGGUAAAAAUGAUCGUGUGAACCGGAAUGAGAUGCUGCAAUGGCUAGUUGCAAGUAUGACCUACUAGUAAUAAAAAAACUUUGCCAUGGGCUCAUUCUCCUGGAGUUUCACCAAGAGUACAUAUUUACUACAUGAUGUACUCUUGGUUGCACUGUUAUGUACUCUUUGUUGUGCAUGUAUCGUGUGAAUUCCGUUUCCUGUAGUGUACUUCAAAAGAAGCUAAUGUGCUAGGUUGGUAUUGUUGUGCUGUUUUGUUUGCUUGUGCUGCAGACCACAGAGUUCACUGCUUUACUGUAUUGCUGUUCAUCACAUCAGCUCCUACUUGUUUGUCGGUGAUGGGGUUGGAAAUACUGCACAGGUAUCACAAGCAAUGAAAGGAUUUCUCCUCACGCAACAGAAUCAGGGUGUCUACCACCAUGUUGUGCACUACAAGUGUGCGAACGCGGCCUCGCCUCUGGGUUUUGAUUGCCACGCAUCACUGCCUACCUGCAGAGGUAACAUUUUAGCCGCAGAAGUUCGCCGUGCUGGCCUUGACUCUGGCCUGGCACAGGCUGUAAAGCAGCUUCAUCCCGAUGUUUAUGAUUUGUCAGCCAGCUCUGUCUGAAGGACUAGCCGGCACUUAUCGUCUAUCCGACAAGUCUCCGAAUACAGCACUUUCUCCUUUGAUGAAAGGACUUUCUUUCUUCACGAGACGGCGCUUUUCAACAGGUGUGUCACAAGCCUGUUCAUGUUUCACUCUUUUUAGUUCUGAAAACUAUUCUUCUUGUGCUGUGCACAUGAGCGGGAUUAUUUGAUCGGGUGUGCUGUUCUGCCUUGUUUGAAGAAGUACCUGGAUGUGUUUUAUACUCUAUUUAUUUUUACACCCUCUGAGGUGAAACCUGCAUAUUGAGCUGACCAGGGUGUUUGCGUUGCGUUAUACAUUUCUACUACUUGUAAUGCUCAUUUACUGCGGCCUUAAAACAUCCUUCUUGAGAGAGA